UUGAUUUUGACAAAAUAAAAAAACUGUUUUCAUAAAUGAGCCGGGCUUUUGUGAGAAGUAAGAUUAAGAAGGAAUCAAAGGACGGGACUGUUAAGGAUAUUAUUGGUAAAGAGGCUGGUGUAUCCAAUUUUCACAUUGCUCCAGUUUCCCCACUGUUUUCCGGGGGUACGUCCGCAGUUUACAUGCUCUUUCUCGAAUCCGGGAUGACCCGAGGCGUUUUGAGGCCGAAGGCGGGGGUCACCAAACCAGUUUGUCCCACUCUUCUCCUGCCCUCCACGACGGCCUCGAGGCAUUCCAGUUUCCGCCCGGGAUCCCCCUCGGGGCAGGACACAUGUCACGGGAUGACGGGAAAGCCGAGGAACCCUUCGACGACGACGCCGAGGACCAUGAGGAGAAGGAGGAGGAGACGAGGCCCCCCUCGGACACGGAGGAAAACGAGGAUCGCCUCACGGGGCCGGGUUUCUCGCCCGGGGGCGGCUCCGGGGGUGGGAGGAUGUCCGCCCCCGAGUUCCAGCCGCCUUACUUCCCCCCGCCGUUUCCAUCCGCCACCUCACCACCUGGAGUGGACUAUAUGACGACCCAGGCGGACCCGUACACCAUCAACUCGAUCCAUCAGCACCAUUAUCAGCUUGGAGUGGGUCAGAGACGAGACGCCGACGGACAUGUCAGUUCUAUGCACUCCGCUUUUCCGUACGACAACCAGGGCCGGAGGAACGACUACGGCCUCCGCAGAGAUGGGAUCCAUUCCGGGCUUGAGGAUUCCAUGAACCUCCACAACGCACUGUCCAGCGCCGUAGAUGAUUCUCAGGGUAAUGUCGAAGACUCCGGAUUCAUAGGUGACCUUCCACUACUUAAAAUUAUUAUUUCAAUUACAGGGGAAGCGAUACAUUUGGCAAGAGAUUUUGGAUACGUCUGUGAGACGGAGUUUCCUGCAAGGCAGGUGGCCGAGUACCUGACAAGGGUCCAUGCGACAGACCCGAGUGAAAACUACAGAAGGAAGGAGAACAUACAUGCGACAAAGCAAGUGAUCAAAGAGCUCAUGGAGCUCCUGAACCAGGACAGAAGCCCCUUGUGCAACACAAGGCCGCAGCAUAUCCUCGACCCGAGCAUACAGCGGCAUCUGACCCACUUCAGCCUCAUAAGUCACGGCUUCGGGAGCCCUGCCAUCGUAGCUGCCUUAACAGCUAUUCAAAAUUUUCUCUCUGAAUCGUUGAAACAACUGGAUAAGGUGUGCCCGUCGUCGGCGCAGCUUGGAGCCCACGAUCAGUCUGGCAAGAAAGACGAUAUGAAGAAACAAUGACAAUCAGAGAAACCGUCAGUUCACCCUCACCUCACCCUCAAACAUUCCUGGCCGUAUGAGGAGAACUGAACGGUUUCUUAAAUUCACUUUUAAUUAAUAAAGGCGAUGAUAGCCAUGAUUAUGACGAUCGAGCCCUUGAUGGCCAAUUGGAUACAGCCAUUAAUAUAGGGUUUUUUCUAAAUUUAAAAAAAAAAACAUUCUAGUAAAUGAUUCGGUGCAUUUUUAUUUCAUAGCAAGAGGUAAAAA